UGUGUGUUUUGCAUUUUUUCUUUCAUUCCACAUCUUUUGUUGCUUGGUAAAAUAUUUUGCGUUUAAGAUGUUAUUCUGCAAAGUUACCAAUCAGGACCAUAACCUUUUCUACAAUGGGUUUUCUUUUUCACAAAACUAAGAAUAAUUGUUGCAAAUUCCGAGUUGAUUUUCUCUAGAAUACAAAUUGUUUCUUUUUUGACCAAAAACAGUCUUACUCAUAUUAUUUUCCUUUUCCCCACUAGGAUAUGUGAGUAACGAAGCACUAAAAUCCAAUUAUUUUCCAACUUUUAUUUAUUUUCUAUUAAAUUUUCUCCACUGCUAUAUUUGUAUAAGUAUAGAAGAAGAGAUCAAGAGAGUCAAGAGAAGAGAAUCCUACCACAGAGUUUCAACAGUUGGUUUAAGUUACAAGUCUAACAAAGCUAGGGCUGUCAAUUGGUUGGGUGCCCAUGGGUGUGACCCAGUCCAGACUGUGUUGGGUGGGUGUUGGGUGAACCCAUAACUUAAUGGUCCAGUUGGGCUACAAAACCGAAUUUGCCCAUGGAUAGUUUGGGCCAAACCAAUUGGUCACUGGGUUAACCCAAUACAUUAAAAAAUUAGGUUUUUUAAUUUUGGGGAAAAAUCAGAUUUUUCCAUUUUACGAUUCCCCGAUGAAAAAUCUUCUUCUCGCGAUGAAAGAUUCUUGAGGCUUCUCUGCAUCUCGAUUCGUCUUCUCCAACCAUGAUUUCUCUGGCCUGAACCAGAUUUCUCCAUUCUCUGCAUCUGACUUCUUCUUCUCGCGAUUUCAGCUUGCUUUAGUUCAUGACCGUUGUUCCUUCUCAAGGCGUUGAGAACGUUGGAGUAUCAACGUUGGAGUUUUGGAGUUUUGAGAAGUUGCUGAAUCAGACCCUCUUAAGCUAAUCAACAGUUGACGAUGGUUUUAGGCAAACAAAUAGUAAAUUCUUAAGUGGUCAAAGAAAUCAACCAAAAAAUGGAAGCGAUAGACUUGAAUGAUGAUGGUCAGAAUGAUUUGAUGGAUGAAGAUAUAGAAGAUCAUGAAGUUAUUGAGAUUUCAGAGGCUAACAGAGGCACGCCACCAAGACAUGCUCAGUCACGCCGUAGAGCUAGGUUGUGGUUAAAGUUUACUAUAAUUGGAGGACAGCGGCCUGAUGGUAAAACCACAGAGUGGAGAAGGAAAAAGAGGAAGAGAGUGGAGAGUCCACAGACUUGACUAGAGAUAGUGGAGAGAAGGCAUAGCGGAAUAACAACUGAGAUGAUGGAUGGAAGUUACAACAACCGUUAGAGAUAUUCAGGCUGAGGACAAGUAGAGAAGCUGGAAGCUGAGAAGAAGUGAAUCAAUAAAUCAGAGAGUUAUAUUUUUUUUUUUACAUAAAACAGAGCUAUCAAAACCUUAAAAUUGUAUCCACAUUUUUUUACAUCAUAUUUGUAUUAGAGGUGAACAAAUACAAAUUAAACAUUCAGCAGAUUUGAGAGAUAAUUUUUUUUACAUUAAAUUGGGCUUAAACAGAAUUGCUAAUCAUGGGAAAGCUUGGGUUGGCCAUAUGGGUGUUGGGUUAAGUUGGGUGUGGGCUAGAUAGGGUGUGGGCUAGAUGUGGGUGUGGGUGUCUUGAGACCAAGAAAAACAAAUACCCAUUGGGCAUACCCAUUUGGGUGUGGUCCAACCCAACUGACACCCCUAAACAAAGCCUCUUCACACAUACACACGUCUCUCCCAAGUCCCAACAACCAAUCAUCUCCAUCAGCUCAGCCUAACUUCUCGUUUCCGUUGGUUUUCUUGAAAACUCUCUCUCUCUAUUUCUGAAUAUCUUCAAACUAGCCGCCGGUUCAAGAAACUUCAGGAAGAUGUCUUCCAUGUUGGGUUGUUCUAGUGGCACCGUAGCGAUCGCAACCGCCAUGGUUUUCUCAAGCACUGCUCUGUUUCUCGCGAUGGCUCGACAGUUCCAUGGGAAGAUUCAUGAUCAAACUCCACCACCGAUACUCCGUUCAUGUCUAUCUUCAGAGGAAACGAAGAAGCAGAGGAAGAAGAAGAGAGUUCGCUUCGCGGGGAAUGUGAAAGAUACGAAAGGGAACGGGAAAGAGUACCGGAAGAGGGAAUUGAGCAGGAGAACCGUACCGGAGCCAGUGACUAAACCGGGGAAGACCGGUUCAGUUUGUGGAAUAUCAACGAUGCCAGCGAACCGGAUGGCUCUGUAUCAUGGGAUUCUCAGAGACAGAGAUCACAGGACUCAAUGCUCUUAUUGACUUUUCUUCUUGACCAAACAAGUCGAUAGAUUUUGGUUUGCAGAUUUUUCUGUAACAUACUUUUUCUUGGUAAAUUCAGAAUAGUAGUAGGUGGCCUUUAUGCUCUUCUUUUUUGAUUCAUAGUAGUAGACUAGUAGUUGGCCUUCUUGUUCUCUACUUUUCUAAUUGUUUUUGUUAUAAAAUCAAAGUGACGAUGUAAAUAAGUGUCCUGUAAUAUAUAUAUUUGAUACUGAUC